AUGGGGUGUUCAUUGAGCAAAAUGGUAAAAGACGUGACCCACCUUCUCAACUUCUCCUUUUCUUCCAACAAACUCAUCUUUACAUCUUCUCCACACAGUCAAGUAUACAAACAAAUAGAUUUGAAAAUAAAAGGGAGCUUACAAACGGGAAUUCAACAGCGAGCAAGGAGGUGGUUGCAGAUCAGUGAUAUACGGGCGAAGCACAGAGGCAAUCUGGGCAGAGAGGGUCUGGUCGGAGGCUCGUGGUGCCUGCGACAGAGGCUGCUUAUGAUAGAGGAUAUGUGUGUAGUUAGUCCGACGCGAUGGAUGCACGGUGUUGAUGUGUCAGUGCUACAGCCUGAGCUGCGGGCUUUGACUUUGAAGCACGGCGGUGGAAGUAUUGUCAGCGUUGAAGACCAUUUCGGAGGUGUUGCUUCAUUCGGCUUUGGAAAGUUAUUUUAUGGUGGAGAUUGCGAACAGUGGUUAUUGUUAUUGUUGUAA